AUGAAGGAACAGGUACAGGCUGUCACCUUAAGGUCCGGAAAGGUUACGAAGGAAAAAGAAUCAGCAACAGAGCAUAACAAGGAAGAGGGUGAUCAACAGGUUGAAACACCCGUGCUCUCAUCUAAGUCAGAUAGUGGAAAAACUGUUGUUGAAGCUGACAAGAAUAAAAUCAACGAGGAAGCAAGCAAGGAUUCAGCCGAGAAAUCUAGCCCGAAAGCUGAUAUUGGGGUCAAGCAAGUAUAUCCACCUCCACCUUUUCCGAAGAGACUUCAGAAGCAUAAGCUCGAUAAGCAAUUCGCUAAAUUUUUAGAAGUUUUCAAGAAACUACAAAUCAACAUACCUUUCGCGGAGGCUCUAGAACAAAUGCCGAGUUAUGCUAAGUUCAUGAAAGGUAUUCUAUCUCGGAAACUCAAACUUGAGGACUUGGAGACUGUGGCUCUGACCGAGGAGUGUAGUGCUCUGAAACCUACUAAUAUGUCUUUGCAACUGGCUGAUCGUUCGAUUACAUAUCCAAGGGGGAUAGUUGAAGAUGUGUUGGUCAAGGUGGAUAAGCUAAUCUUCCCGGCUGAUUUUGUCAUUCUCGACUUUGAGGAAGAUAAGAAGAUUCCCAUCAUCUUGGGGAGACCAUUCCUUGCAACAGGGCGGACUUUGAUUGAUGUUCAAAAGGGUGAACUCACAAUGAGAGUUCAAGAUCAGAUGGUCACUUUCAACGUGUUCAAUGCCAUAAAACUUCCAUCAGAUGAGGAGGAAUGCUUUAAAGUGGAUAUGCUCGAAGCUGCAGCUCAUUCGGAAAUCGAUAACAGGCUGAAAACUGACAUCUUGGAAAGGGUUCUAUCAGGUGACUCAGAUUUCGGAGAUGAGGAGGAAGAAGAGCACCUUCAAUACUUAAAUGCUUCUCCUUGGAGAAGACGGAUGGAUCCUCCAAUUGAAUCUCUUGGGUUAUCGGAGUUGAAGGACUCUCAUGAAAAGCUGAAACCAUCUAUUGUCGAAGCUCCUAAACUCGAGCUUAAGCAACUUCCCGAACACCUAAGGUUGUUAGGUCCAGAUAUGAUUGUAGAAGGGGGGGGUUGA